AUGGUUCAGCUUUGCAAAUUCCUCGCCGUGGCUGCUGCAUGCUUGGCUGCCCCCGCCAUCGCUCACCCUGGCGAGAAGCAUGAUCCUCACCACGUGAAGCGUGAGGUUCACGCCCGCGAAGCCAUGGCUGCCCAUGCCAAGCGCUCUCUUGGUGCUUGCGAGAGCACCCUGCACGCCCGCGAACUGAACAAGCGGAGCAUUGCUCGUCGCUCCCACACCGUCCAGAGCCUUCGCAAAAAGCGCGGCAUCACUGCCGCUCCUCAGAAGUGGCGCCGUAACCUUGCUGCUCUCGAGAAGUGGGAGGCUAUUGACCAUAACCGCACUGGCAUUUUGGAUUACAGCCCCGCGACUCCUGAGUCGAUGGUCUUUGCUGCCAACACCAGCUGCAUCCUGUCGCCUACCGUCACUGACGGUCCUUACUAUGUCUGGGGUGAGGUUGUGCGCCAGAACGUCAAGGAGGACUUGUACUCCGAUGGUGUCGAUGUUUUCCUCGAGGUGCAGUACAUUGAUAUCAACACCUGCAAGCCCGUCCAAGGUGCUCUGGUCGACAUCUGGCAAGCCAAUGCCACGGGUGUCUACAGUGGAAUCUCCGAGUCAGGCAACUACGCCGCAGACGGGUGGGACUCGACCUACCUGCGCGGUAUCCAGCAAACAGACCGUGACGGCGUAGCCACCUUCGAGAGCAUCUUCCCGGGCCACUACGACGGCCGCGCAACCCACACCCACCUCCUCACCCACUUGAACGCAACCCUUCUCCCCAACAAGACUCUCGAAGUCGGCACCGGCAGCGUCGCCCACAUCGGCCAGCUCUUCUGGAACGAGGUCCUCCGCUCCGCUGUGGAGGAUACCUACCCCUACACUGCCAACACUCAGGCUGUCACCACCAACGCUGAUGAUAUGUGGAGCAUUGAGCAGGCUGAUAGCGCCUACGAUCCCUUCCCUGAGUACAUCUACCUCGGUGAUGAUCUCGAUGAUGGAUUAUUCGCUUGGAUUCAGAUUGGUAUUAACGCUACUGAUGAUUACACCGAUAACUCUUACUACUCCAUUGCCGCUUACCACGAUGCUGACGGUGGCCACGAGAACUCUGAAAGCUCCUUCGGUGGUGGUGGUACCGGCGGCGGUGGUGCUCCCAGUGGUUCCAUGUCUAUGUCCGGUGGCAUGCCUACUGCUUCGCCUAGCGCUUCCGCUUGA